AUGAAGUCAGCCAAGACCUAUGUAUCGCAGGGCAACCUUUUUUGGAUGAAUGUGAGGCAGUUGUGUUCGCCGACCGUUCCCAUCAAUUCUGCCUCAUUGAAGAAAAUCCAGAAGUCUUUUUUUGAGAAAGGGCCGGAGAAGUUGACCUUGGAAAUCGUGGUAGGCGUAACCUCAAUGGUCACCUCUGAGCGCUUUGAGAGCCUGAAAGGUGCCUUGCAACGGAUUUCGCCGGAGGAAAUCGACCACGCCUUGAUCAUGCACGUGGCUAAGAGGAUCGGAGACGGUGCCUCCCAGGAAGAGCUUCUGGCAUGGCGAACAGUGUUCCUCUCAGUGAGCCUCCGCUGUGAGAUGAUUGAGACCAAAGAAGAUGCCUUCUUCCGCUCUCUGACGUACCGACAGCGGUACAUGUCCACCUACGAGAGUGCGGCGAGAAGCACCUUGCAAACCAUCUUCGAGAUCGCAGCGGUCAAAGCAUCUUAUGAGGAGACGCAUACGGCCCAGCUGUCGAGAUCUGAUUUGGCUGAUCUGUGGGUCCGAAAGAGCUGUGACCUGCCUGAUGACGAAGACUGCCCAAAGACAGCUUUCGAGUUUGUCGACAGCGCCAUGAAGGUCUUUGAAAGAAUUCUUUCCGUGGACAAGCUCUUCGACGUGGUCUUUCGUUUGGAGCAGAAGUACGGAAAGCAAAGCUGCUUCCAGCACAUGGCCGUACUUGAAGGGAUUUGCAUCAAGACCAAGAAGUCCGAGGAUCUCCUGUGGAUCUUGGAAAGCAUGGAAGAUCUCUUGAUCCGUGGAGAAUCCAACAACAAAUGCUUCAGUAGCCGAACAUUGAAAGGCGGCCGCACUGGAGGAGGGACCAGAGGGCUCCUGGAUGAGUUCUUGGCCAAGAAGAGCAUUUUUGAGUACGUGUUGGAAGAGUCACAGAAAUGGGGAUUGAAGCCCGCACAUGCCAACGGCAUCAAGAAGGUGAUGAUCUCUCACAGUGAAGUGCGAAAAAGGUUCGAGGAUGGGGCUGACUUGACAUGGCUGGGCCAGCUGACAGAAGCCGAACGCUUGAUCAUCAACAUGCUCAAGAAUGUCGUCUUUCGAUCUGGGCAUGACAGCCAGCUUCGCAACACCUUGAAGGGGUCAACCUUGCCUGCGGACAUCGUAUGCCAUGACCCUUUCAAGACAAUGAUGGAAACUAUCCAUGAAGAGAUUGAGAAGGUGAAGGCGGCAGAGGAAAAAGAAGCAAAUGAAGAUGAGUCAGAUGAAGAUUCUCCAGCCCAGAAGAAUGUCAUCGUGCAUGACCUGUUGCCCCGAAUGUCUUUGGAGCUGGACCAUGAAGAUGAGAAAGCGCAGCAGCUGAUGGCUUUCGCCAAGCAGGCUGAGGAGAUCGUAGAUCAAUUUGUCAAAUUGGUGGUCGAGCAAGACUCAGUGCAGGCAAUGGGCCAGAUCAUGGAAAACUGCGUGUCUCUCACCGGGGCCAAAAGGGCGAUCUUUGUCUAUGACUCCAAGGUUGCAGGAGAGGCGACGGCCCAGAGUCACAUUCGACGGCCUCAGUUUCGCCGUGAUCAUUUUCAGAAGAUUUGCUCCUCAUUCGUCCGAGGCAGAGGUGGACCACAGCCACGAGAGGGCGACAUGGUGAUCUUUUUCGAUGGUGGACGCCAACUUGCUCCUAUGGUGCUCAGUGCGUGUGUGAAGAUUACAAAUGCCGAGGACCAUGGGCAGCAUUGGGAAAAGAAGCAGAGGCAGGAGAUGAUUAUUCAUUACUGCGAGCAGUCCAUCCGAGCUCGCAGGUGCUUGGUGCGAGGCCUCAUUCCGACCCAUGAGGGAAUUCACAUCGUCACCUCUGGGCCCGUGUUGGUGCAGGACAUCCCUCGCAAGAUCUUCUCCGGCACGAGCUUGAGCACGGCAAUUGGUCCUGUGAAGCUUCUUCCUUUUGAUGAGGAGCAAGGCUUUUGGCUCAUUAGCAAGGAAGAGAAGGAUAAGAUCUAUGGACCUGCUGGAAAAGUCUUGUCCGGAGGAGCGCUGCCUGAUUGCCCAGAUCGUCCAGAUUUGGGGGAAGAUCAUAUUCCAGUGAACUACCAUGUGAUGCCACAGGCGGUGUUCGCAGAGUUGCUGCACUCCUUUCAAGCCAGCGUGAUGGUGAAUGCAACUGAGAUCGAUGGCAAGGGCGCUGAGGCGGCAAUCUUGGCCAAGAAGUCGUACAUUGGUGUUACCUUCACAGAGUAUCAUGCCCAGCAGCUGAGGAAGCUCCUUGUCCGCUUCGUUUGGGAGCAAUUCAAGGACCAAUCCUCUCCGCUCUACAAUGUUGAAGUGCAGACCCUCCUCAAAGCUCUUGGUGGCAAUCCCAAUGCGAGCACGCCCCUUCCUCUUGGUAGCAGUGGUGGCAGUGGUGGCAGUGGCAACACCGUUCAGCCAAGUGCAAGCGGAAGAGGAAAGGGCGGAAGAGGAAAGGGCAAGGGUGGUGGCAAGGGUGGUGGCAAGGCUGGCAGCAAGGCUGGUGGCAAGGCUGCUGGUGGGAAAGCUGGUGGUAAGGCUGCUGGCAAGUCAAAGAGCAAAAAGCGUGCAGCCGGAGAGGAUGAUGCAUCUGAUGGUUCCAAGAAGCAAAAGACAUCAGAGGAAAGCUCCAAGAAGGAAGAGAUCAUGAACAAGCUGAAGAUGCUGACCCGGCAAGGCAUGAUCGAGGACGACGAUGAUGACGAUGAUAUGGCCGACGAGGCCGAAGAGUGA